GUGGGGGCCUAAGCGAUAUCCUUUAAUUCUUAUAAUGAGGCUUAUAAUGAGGUCUGAAUGAUGUAAAUUUUUUGUGGGAUCUAGGCAUUCUCUAGGGUUCUGGGAGUGUUGACGUCUAGGGGAUGAUCUUUUGAGUGGUGAUCUUCUGGGAGUGACUAUUUCUUGAACGUUUGUCUUUUUGGUGUGAUGGUCUUUUUGGGUGUGUUGAUUUUCUGGGGGAGGGGGGGGGGGGGUUGAUCUUCUGAAAAUGAUGAUCUCCUGGGUGUGAUUCUGGGAGUGUUGAUCGUCUAGGGGAUAGUCUUUUGAGUGGUGAUCUUCUGGGAGUGACAGUUUCUUGGGCGUUGGUCUUUUUGUACUGUUGAUCUUUUGGGUGUGUUGAUUUUCUGGGGGGAGGGGGGGGUUGAUCUUCCGAAAAUGAUGAUCUCCUGGGUGUGAUUCUGGGAGUGACUAUUUCUUGAACGUUUGUCUUUUUGGUGUGAUGUUGCAAACCAAAUUGCGUAUAAGGAAUGAAUUGGGCAGAGCUCUACUUGGAGAAUUUUUGGGAACUUUUGUUUUGGUUUUAACUAUAGCUUGUGUCUGUGCACAGGCAAUAAUACCUAAGCCUGCACUUAAUCAGACUAUUGGAGUUAAUUUGGGUGUUGGGUUGGGUAUUGCUUUUGGGGUGGCUGUUUGUGCUAAAAUAUCUGGUGGACAUAUAAACCCAGCAGUUUCAUUAAUGUUUUUAAGCUUCAAACAAUUGGCACCAAUCCGUUUUGCUUUGUAUUCGUUAGUUCAAUUAUUAGGAGCUUUCUUUGGGGCGGCUGUUGCUUAUUUGGUUUAUUGUGACGCCAUCAAUAAAUUCGAUGGAGGUACCAGACAAGUUUACGGAACCAAAGCAACCGCCCACAUAUUCGCCUCGUAUUCCUCCCCCCAUUUGGGGGUGUUUAAUGGAUUUAUUGACCAAGUUGUUGCUACGGCUGUUUUUUGUCUUUUAAUUGCCCACAUUACGGACAAGCGAAAUCACUACCCAACUUGGGUUCAACCUUUUUUGGUUGGGACAUCUUUUGUUUUGGUUGGGACGUCUUUUGCUUACAAUGCUGGUUAUCCGUGCAAUCCAGCACGUGAUUUUGGACCUCGCCUAUUUACUUUAAUUGUUGGAUAUGGGUGGGAAGUGUUUUCCUAUAAUAAUUAUGGUUGGUUUUGGAUUCCAAUUAUUGCCCCAUUUAUUGGCGCUCUCCUAGGUAGAGUUUUCAAAAAAAAUUUUCUUCUAAAAAAAUUUAAAGGCGCCUGGAUUUAUCAAUUUUUUAUUGGAAUUCAUGUCCCAGCAGACGAACAAUAUGAAAUUGUUACAACAACAAUAACUACUUCACAACAUCAACGAGAAAUGCAGCCGUUAGCGCCUACAAAAGAAUCUACUCCACAUAAUGAGGCACAACCAUAA